CAGCGGAUCUCUGAUCCACGGAAAGAGCCGAAGAUGUCGGCUCGGUCAUGUGAUCAGCUGUGUCACUGAUCAUCAGAGCACUGAUGAUCAGUGUGCCCUGAUGAUCAGUGUAGCCCCAGCAGUGCCACCUGUCUGAGUCCAUCAGUGCCAGCUGUCAGGGCUCAUCAGUGUCACUUAUCAGUGCCUACCAGUGCACAUUAAUGCCACAUAUCAGUGCCCAUCUGAGCUGCCUGUCAGUGCCGCCUAUCAGUGCUGCCUGUCAAUGCCACCUGCCAGUGCCUCCUCAUCAGUGCCACCUAUCGGUGUCCAUCACUGCAGCGUCAUCAGCACACAUCAGUGAAGGAGAAAAAUCACUUAUUUACAAAAUUUUAUAA